AUGGCGAACAAACAAAUCACUUCAUCUCAGAACAUCUUGGACAACCGCAAAGCCAUCCAGGUUGCCAAAGAAUCAAAAUCAAAAGAGGAUGUCGGUAUAGCUGGAGUCAAUAUUUCCAUUACCCGCAAGCAAUGGAGAAAGUAUUUCAAAUAUCUAUGCUUGAACCAUGAAAAUCAGCACCGACCAUGUAUUGCUCUGCAGUUAGGCGGUCCUGGAUUUCGAGAUGACCCUUUUAUCAAGGGCAUGCAGGCGGAUAUGUUGGGCGAGGGCAGAGACAAAAUCGAGAACUGGCUUGACGGCUUCAAAGAACAAAUGAUUGACGGUGUAGUGAUGGUAUUUCUCGACCUCAAAAGUCGCUACUUGAGUUCAACUCGAGGGGACAAUAACAGUGAGCUUUCAUAUUCUUGGAACAAGGUAUCGACAAAAAACUCGAUCCCAGAAAAUGUGACCGACCAUACACCACUCGUUCAGGACGGAGAGGUGAGAAAUGAGAAUAUGGGAAAACACCCUCCAUGGGCCAAGGAUGGCAGCCUGCUCGUUGUCCGCAAGCUAAGACAGUUCGCACCCGAGUUCGAGGAUAUGCUUGACAAGAACUACAAGCGUCUCAAAUUUGACAACAAAGACCAGUUGGGAGCACGACUGGUGGGACGUUGGAAGAGUGGUGCCCCUGUCCAGCGGAAUCCCAUCAAGGACAACAAGGGAGAAGCAACGUGGAACAACUUUGACUACGACCCAGACAGUCAAAGAAUUUGCCCCUUUGCAUCCCAUAUGCGCAAGACCAAGCCUCGAAAAGGGGUGAGAAACGCUGACAAUUUCGACAUCAUCCGUCGUGGAAUUCCUUACGGCGCAGAAGUCUACCCCAAGGAAAUCGCAGACAAGAAGACUGCUGGAGACAAGAUCGUGGUCUCAUGUUCACGUGCUACCAGACUAGUCUCUCCAAUGGGUUCCAGUUUAUCAAAAACCAUAAGUAGCCCAUCGACGCAGCGAAAUAAUGUUGAAUUUUUGAAUAACGAGUUUGAAGUCUGGGUCAACUUGGAUAAUUUCUCCACCGGCCCGGCGAUCAACAAGGCCAUGUACGGCAAGCUUCCAGGACAAGAUGUCGUCAUCGGCCAGUCUAUCAAAGACCCAGAUGAAGAAGAUGACAAAAUUCUCGACGUCGGCAUUGUAGAUGGUAAUGGCCAGAGUGGGCGGAUCACAUUCGAGCCUUUCGUUCAAUCUCAUGGCGGUGAUUAUUUCUUCACACCUUCUCUGAAACUCCUCGGAGAUAUCGGGGCUGGAAAGCAGAUUUCUUAG